AUGAAAUGCCACCCAGUUCAAGCCAAAUCAGAACCAGUGCUAAAACUAAAACCAACAUCCGCUCAUUGUUGGGGAGGAAAUCACACAAAUCGAAUUUGUUACUUCACUAAUCUCUACUUCAGCACGGACAUCGAAGAAUUUAUUUUUGUGCAUGGAGAUGGCAGUAGUUACAUCAACAUUCCUGACAACAUUUACAACCCUGCCCUGCUAGACAUGUCAUCAGUUGAAGACCACAACACACAGUACUUCGCCUAUAUGGACGUUUCACUCGAGAAAUUCAGCAAUCCUCUCGGCAAAAAUAUCAGCACAGUUGAUGGUUUCACAUUAUGCAUGAAGAGAUUUCUCCCUAGCAACUUGAUGCACAUCUUUCAUGACGACCUCUUACCUAUUUAUUACACCAUUGAUGUAUUGAAAUCUAAAUUUAAUCCAUCUACAUUAGAUGUGAAUCAUGAUUUGGAUGUAAAAUUAUUUUACGCAGAUAGCCGGCCUCCAGGUGAUUACAGCUACCUGUAUGACAUUUUUUCAAACAACAACAAACCUCUUUAUCUCUAUGAUUUGUUGCAGUCGGAUAAUAACUCUCUGAUUUGUUUCUCGAAUGUUAUAGUUGGGGUCCUUAAGCACACAACCUGGUACCAGUAUGGUUUCAAAACCUUUCAAGGACCUCUGAGUGAUUCAAAAAUCAACAAAACCAUCAUAAACAAAUUCACUAAUUUUUAUAAAACAAAAAUGAACAUAACGAAUUCUCUCAGUGACAAUACAAUAAAUAAACCUCAAAAAGGAAUUCUACUCAUUAGACACAAAAACAGGUUAAUAUUAAAUGAAGCAGAACUAGUGUCAACUCUAGUCAACCGGCUAGGAAUCAAAAUUCGGAUGAUGUCGCUGGAAAGUCACACACUGAAUGAUAUCAUUGCAGAGAUAUCAAAUGCCAAAUUCAUAAUGGGAAUGCACGGAUCCCUUCUGAUUCUCUCAAUCUUCCUCCCACCCGGAUCUAUCCUGGUUGAAUUGUUCCCUUACGCCGUCAGUCUAAACAACUACACUCCGUUUCGUACUGUUGUUAGCAUUCCGGGGUUGAAUGUAUCUUACAUUGCCUGGCAAAAUACUGAUCGUUAUAAAACUGUCACUCAUCCCAAUCGCCCGGCCAAGGAAGGUGGGAUUGGUCAUCUGGACAACGAGGAACGAGAGAGGAUAGAAAACAGUGAUGUGGUUAGCGAGCACCUUUGCUGUCAGGAUCCAACCUGGCUAUUCAGGAUCUACCAGGAUACCCUCGUUGACAUCAAAGAGGUAAUUCAACUGAUUAAAAUUAAGAUAAUCCUCAGACCGUAUAGAAUUUCAAAUUUAAAAUGUAGAUGGCAGUCGGAUUCCUCUUUGAGGGUAACGUGGGAUGCUCCAUUCAACAUCAAAUACUUAAACUACGACACGAUGCACUACGAUUUAAUACUGCAAAACACGCAACACUUGAAUAGUGAAGAUUUUAUUUCAUUGAAAAUUAAAGCCGACGAUGAAAACAGUGCUGUCAUAAAUAGUGAAAUAGUAGAUGUAGAUGAUGAAUAUUUGGUCUGGAUAAGAUGUGUUAUUGAUGAGAAUAUUCUCGGACCUUUCAAUAAUAUCAAUGUGUUUUGCUGAUGUUAUAAAACAACAUGUGUAAUCUUUUGUCUCUGUGUAAUGCAUUAAUUCACGUAGACGUUAAUUUUAAUAAUGCGUUUUGGAUCAAAUGUCAUUAAAUUUAUAGUUUCUUGUUAAAUUCUCAAAUAUGUAGCAAAAAUAUAAAUUAUUACUUGCGGUUUAAACGGCAAGAAAUAUAAAUGGAAAUAUGAAUUCAGUCGAAAUGAAAGAAUAUGAGAACCGACUCUUAACACACAAUUGCAAAAAAUAUUCUCAAGCUCAACCCACGAGAAAACGAUGCAAUCAUGAACUGUUUAAACGCAUUUAAGGAUUUCUAAAUAUAUUGUGCAAAAAAUAGUGAACAAUAGUGUAAAAAUGAAAAUAACAACCAUGAUCAACCCUUGUAAUGAAAAUUAACAUUCUAACAAUACUACUUCAUAUAAAUAAACAAUAUGACAAGCGCUAAACAAAUUUUGCAAUGUUGUGUAGGUGAAAACUUCUUACUCAAAUUAUUCAACGUAUUGAUCUCAACGAGACUUAGUGACAUGAAAAAUUGGGUCAAAUACGGCCAAAAUUCAAAGGGGCCGUGUGGCAUGACACAACUUUAAAAAGGGGUCACGGGUCUCUUUUUGAGGUACUCAGCAAUUUUGGGCUGGGAGGCAAUCCUGUCGUAAUGUUCCUUCAACUUUGGGCUGUCCUUGGCCCACUCUGCAUGAAAUGCUGAGAAACUUUCAAACACAGAGUAGAAAUGCAGGUCGGCAAGGGAGAGCUUUUGUCAACAAAAAAGUGUUUGUCACCUAGAAUCUUCUCCAACAACCUCAACACAUCUGGG